GCAGUUUACAAACACGCAAGUGCAUGCAUACAACUUUACACAGCGCGAUCAGCAAACGUUAGGCGGAAGCUUAGAACGUAAGCUUCAGCGAGCUUCAUACACUUGGUUUCUUCUGGCGAGGUGCUUUUAAGCUCCCUGCUCUUCGCCUACUGUUGGCAAAUUUUUGAAUUACAGUCAAUGCCGGAGGAAAGAAUUUGAGGGAACACCCACUUCCUGGAGCUGCGCCUCUCACCACUACAGAGUAUAAGGGGUGACCAAAAAAAAAAAAACAACAAAAAACAAACACGCAGAGAUGGUGGGAGGAUUUUCCGUUUCGGAUGGGUCCCAAGGCUGACCGUCCGUCAUUAGCGGCUGUUCUUGUGUGCGGCCCGGGAAGACCGCGACAGAGAGAGACUGUCAGAUCGCAGUACCAGCCGGCUUUUCGUGGAUUUCGGAGUGCCUUAGGAGUCUUUUGGCUACGGCAGGCCGGCAGCGGCCUACACCUCAAUGCAGUGGCACUGGCCUGGCCCUGCAACAGCAUAUGACAGAGGAGCUAUUGUAUUUCUUGAUAAAGCGAACGACCGACAGGUCGGGGAAUUUACAAAUUAAAACCAGAAAAAAAACUUGAACACCAGAAGAAAACCGGUGGCAUCAAUGUUUACAAGAACGGAAAGUUUUGAUUUCAUUUGAACUGUUCGCAUCUAUAUGCAGCAUGGCUGCUAUUUAACCGAAUGUUUAUGCGGCAUAUUAUAUAGUGUUGUGUUUGUUAUUUUUUUGUUUUAUUUUAUAUUUUUCUAACGCGUAGCAAUGUCGACACCGUCAGCAGAAAUGAUUGAAAACUCGCCUGGGUACCCGUUCGAAGAGAUCGAUUACGGUGAGAUCGAAGUGGAAGAGGUUGUUGGAAGAGGUGCCUUUGGUGUUGUCUGUAAAGCCAAAUGGAGAGGAAAGGAUGUGGCUAUUAAGACAAUAGAAAGUGAAUCUGAAAGAAAAGCUUUCUCUGUUGAGCUUCGACAGUUGUCUCGUGUUAGUCAUCCAAAUAUUGUGAAGCUCUACGGAUCUUGCAGUAGUCCGGUUUGCCUUGUUAUGGAGUAUGCUGAAGGAGGGUCAUUAUACAAUGUAUUGCAUGGUGCUGAGCCUCUGCCACAUUAUACAGCGGCGCAUGCCAUGAGCUGGUGCUUGCAAUGCUCGCAGGGAGUGGCCUACCUACAUGGAAUGAAACCAAAGGCUUUAAUUCACAGGGACCUCAAACCACCAAAUCUGCUACUAGUAGCUGGCGGCACAGUACUGAAAAUUUGUGACUUUGGAACGGCAUGUGAUAUUCAGACACACAUGACAAACAACAAAGGCAGUGCUGCUUGGAUGGCACCAGAGGUCUUUGAAGGUAGCAAUUAUAGUGAAAAGUGUGAUGUUUUUAGCUGGGGAAUUAUUCUCUGGGAAGUGAUAACACGAAGGAAACCUUUUGAUGAAAUUGGAGGGCCUGCAUUUCGAAUUAUGUGGGCAGUUCAUAAUGGUACCCGACCUCCACUCAUCAAAAAUCUUCCUAAGCCUAUAGAAAGUCUUAUGACUCGUUGUUGGUCCAAGGAUCCUUCUCAACGCCCAUCCAUGGAGGAAAUUGUGAAAAUCAUGUCUCAUCUAAUGAAGUAUUUUCCAGGAUAUGAUGAACCACUUCAGUAUCCUUGUCAGUAUUCUGAGGAAGGGCAAAGUAAUUCUGCUACCAGUACAGGGUCCUAUGUGGAUUAUACUUCUACCAAUACAAGUAAUAAAAGUGAUCCAAAUGUAGACCUUGGAGAUUCUCAGGCGAAUGCUAUCAAUGACACUAUCAAGCGCAAUGAAUCUAAGCUAUCCCAGAUGUUUAAAAUCAAGGGAGAAACUGGACGUUUGAAUCUUCCAUUGUCUAUGGGGGGCAGUGUGGAAAGCUUGUCAGACCAAAAAGUGCGACAGCCUUCUAUGGCAUCUGCAGAUUCUAAGAGGAUGAGUACAGAUCUGUCAGAAUUAGAUCACAGGAUAACCCUAGCAAAUACAGCACGUUCCAAGCCUAAUCGAGGCCAUCGUAAAACUGCUUCAUUCGGAACCAUUCUGGAUGUUCCUAAGAUCAUCAUAUCAGCAAGCACUGAACAUCAGAGGCGUAGAUCUGUUCAAGACCUUCCUACAAUUGGGACUGAAUCCAGUCAGGGAAGCAGAAGCAGCAGUCGGUCUUCAAGUCCAAGUGUAAGGAUGAUUACCUCCGAAAAAACUGUGAGGAACAUUGGUUUUCCUGAUGAGUCAUCAGAUACUAAUGGUUCGGAUAAUUCUAUUCCUAUGGCAUAUCUCACACUGGAUCACCAAUUACAGCCACUUGCUCCUUGUCCAAACUCCAAAGAAUCUAUGGCAGUGUUUGAACAACACUGUAAAAUGGCUCAAGAAUACCUGAAAGUACAGACUGAAAUUGCAUUACUGCUUCAGAGAAAGAAUGAACUAAUUGCAGAGUUAGACCAAGACGAAAAAGACCAACAGAAUACUUCACGUUUGGUACAAGAACACAAAAAACUUUUGGAAGAGAAUAAAAGUCUUUCUACAUAUUUCCAGCAAUGUAAAAAACAGCUUGAUCUCAUCAGAGCUCAACAACAGAAGAGACAAGGAACAUCGUGAUGUUUAGAAGAAAAGCUUGAACACCAGACAUCAUUCUACAGAUUCACAGACUGUUUAGUUUGAAAAAAAAUCACUUUUUUGUUUUUGUGACUUAUUUUAAGAAAUAGAAUUUGAUGCAUUUUUGAGAAUUCUAUAAAUCUAUAUCAUUUUUCACUUUGAGUAAAGUGUUCUCACAAUCCAGAAGGUUUUGUUUAUUUGUUUUUGAUUCUUUUUCCAGUUUAGUUCUGGAUGGCAAAGAUCUUUAGGGACACCAACAGCCUAAUGUGUGAUAAGCAUGCUACAUAUCUAUAACAGUAUAAACACCUGGAAAAUGGGCUUUUGUCUUCAUCUUGGUGUGUUUCUUGCACAUCAUGGCUAGCCAGUUAUGAUUAAAAACAGAAUUAACUAAUGCCUUACAAAAAAAGAAAAAAAACUUACUUCUGCUUUCUUCCAUUUGUGUUGACUUCUAGUAAUGAAAAUCACAGUUGCCAUCGCAUAAUGUGUGUGUGUAUAUGUGUGUGUGUAUAUAUAUAUAUAUAUAUAUAUAUAUAUAUAUAUAUAUACAGUAUAUAUAAAAUAUAUACACACAUACAUACAUACAUACAUAGUUUCACGCACACACACAUAUAUACAUACAUACAUACACACACAAAGAUUUAAAGUGAAAUGUUUACCUAUAUAACAUCCAGAUGCUGCUUUAAGUGGGGACUUCCCCACAAAGUUAAUAUCCCUUCUUCCAUACCUAUGUAACGUGCUGCUUCUGCAGAGCUGUCAGACUCGGUGGUUAUUAUUUCCAGUGUCUUCAAGGUUGUCUGCCUAAUUGUAUUUCAGCAAUAAUAUGUUUAUUUGAUCAGUCUUAAUUACAACAGCUUUACCAUCAUACUUACUCCCUAAACAACAGAUUUUAUCAAACUUUUUUUUUAAAAAGGCCAUCUGUUGCAAAAAACAAAAAGACUGUGUGAAUGUGAAAAUGAUUAAAUAAGAAUGGUAAUGCAACAGCAAGUGGCCCUCAAAAAAUUGGAAUUUGGCCCAGUUGUCCGUGACUAAAUCGCAUUGAUUGUCAAAGAAUAUGUUUUACUACUACCAAUGCGGAGUCUAACAGUUCUGACAGUGUAUACCAAUUUAAGAUUGUACUUGUUUGCAAAAUAUUGAAUUCACCAUAGAUGCUGCUAAAACGUAAAUAGUUGUUGGUUGCAUGGUUAAGUACCAAAACAAAAAGUUACUCUGAACGGCAGUUGAUUCAGAUGUUUCAGCUGCAUCCCCAAUGAUAAAAGUAAAUGUAGAUUUGAAAUGAGUGCUAAAUUGUCAAUAUGCCUGCCAAAAUAUGCCUCAGUUUGAGAAUAAAGGCUUGGCCCAUUUUUUCCAUUCUA